AUGGAAUCAACAAACAGGCCCGUCCUAGACGAGGACAAAUACAGAUCAGAAGUUCUCCAGAUUGAAUCGGAGGAAGAAGAAAAAGCGCGGGCGCAACGACUUUCCGAUGAAGCACAGCAGCUGGGGUUGAAGGAUGCGGCGCCGCUCACUCCGAUCGCAUGUGGAAUGGCCGAUUUCUCGUCCCCAGUUCUAUCGUCUGGUUCGUCCACCGACCGAAGUUCAGCCUGCGAUGGCUCCGUCACUCCCUCCCUCUCCGUCGAGCCGUCGUCUCCGUCACCAACCCCGCUGGAUCAGUUAGCUACGUCACUUUCGCAGCUUACUUUUGCCUCUGAGCGUGUGAAGCCGAGCAGUACACGAUCGCUAGCUUCGUUGUCGACUCGUCCGACGUCGUUCUGCUCCAGUGAGAGCCGUGCAAUCAACGCUGGGCUAGGAAUUCACGAUGGACUUGCGAUCAAGGGAAAUCGAAGUUCCAUGUUUGUUGUGACACCGGAUGAGAAACAGGUCAAAGAGAAAGAGAGACGGCGGAGCACCUUGAGGUCAGCUAUUGGGCGCAUCCAUUUCCGAAAGAAGCGGGUCCCCUCAGCUUCCACAACACCACCGGAUACACAAGUCGUGAUACCCAAGAGCGAGGAAGGUGUGGAACGUGUCUUCAUUGAGAGUCCCCACGAGCCGCCCACCAGCAACGCAGUCUCCAUCACCAGUGCCAGCACGACAGACUCAGUUCCAAGAGUGGAGGUCAAAAUUCCGACAUUCGACGCUGCUUCCCUUCAAAGAAGUUUAGAUGAUCCUCAGCUGAAAGAGAUGAUGGAAAGACAUAAGAUGGAAAUGAGUCGACACAUGGCAUUCCAAGGUGUCGCCCUAGAGAUCCUCCGACGCCGGCACCAGACAGCUGUUUCUGAAGCGCAGUCCGAGAACCAGCGCCGGGAGGAGGAGAAGCGCGAAAAAGUAAGACAUCUCAUAACCAGCACGUUGACCCACUUGCUAACAUUGCCGAAGAACGAGCUCGAUGCCAUUCGUAUAGAAGAACGCCAAUGCGCCGUGGAAAUGGAACAGCAAAGAGAAUUCGAACGCGCAAAACAGAACUCUCGAACCCGCAUCAAGCAUAUGGAAGGAUAUUUCCGGAAUGCAAGCCCCCCACCAUCCCCAGCAGGCACAAGAGACCGCUCAUCCGAGUCUUUCAUGUCCGGAUCUGAAGGCACGCCCCCGCGACGUGUUACACGACAACAACUCGAACAAUUGGAGCAGCAGUACCAUGCCCAUGAAUCCAUGGAUGCGCUUCAAGAAUCUCGCAUCAAAGUCCUUCGAGAGCGGCAGGAGAAGAGGCUGUCUGAGGCCAUUGCGCGGAUGGAAGGCGAAUUGGAUGAUCUGUGUGAUCGCCAUAGCAAACAAAUUGCUGCGCUUCAGGCUGAGCACCGUCGUGAAGAAAGCUCCCUUAUAGAUGGGCUUCAGGGGAAGCAAACGGAAAUGCGGAAGAGGUGGGAUUUGGAAGAAGCCAUUCUGCGUCGCCAGCUUGAUGAGGAACAUGGUCAACCUUAUGGACCAUUGCCGACUAUCUCCUUUUCUGUGGAGCCCGAUAACGAUACUAAUACUGAGAAUCGCAUUUGA